ACACACACACACUCCUCCUCCUGAAUGCGGCACGACCGACUGCGGCGGAGAAGUUGAUCCGGAUCCAAGCCAAUCACAGACCUCGCAUCCGAACCGGAAAACGCCCAUUGGUAGACGGAAGAAGUCGUUGUUGUUGUUUUAGCAGCAGCCUCUAAAAACAACAACAACAACAACAACAACAACAUGAUGCAGGAGAAACUGAUCAACGCUGUGUUCAACUACCCCGAGCUCUACAACCCGACCCUGCGGGAGUACAAGGACGCGAGUCGCCGAUGCUCUGCGUGGCGCUGCGUCGCCGGACAAGUCGGGAUCUCCGAGGAGGAAGGAAAGAGAAGAUGGAGGAACCUACGAGACAGAUACAGAAAGGAGCGGCUUGCCGAGAAACGGCGGCGGCGCGAUUCUGUGCCGGACACAAAGGCGCCGUGGAGAUACAUGCAUUUGUUACGUUACCUGGAGCCAUACCUCCAAGACCGACCGUCUUCAUCACAUCUGGACACUGACACCUCUGCUGCAGACAACUUCACAGGACCAGAGUGUGACAUGUCUUUGUGCAGCUCCCCUACGAGCCCAGAUGACGGCCUUCUGUGUCCCACACCAGCACCCCUGCCAGGCACGCCCGGGGCCUCGCGGAGCCCCAGUCCCGUCGUGUCCGGAGCCUCGCAACCACAGCUGCUGGCCGACGUUACUGGUAUGAAAAAGAACAGCCACGCAACAUUGUUCCGGCGUAAGAGGAGCAGAACAGAGCUAACAGACUUUGAGGCACAGGUGCUCAGCGCCCUGUCGGCCCACCAUGAUGAGGACUACCACUAUGCCCUCAGCCUGGCGGCGACCAUGCGGAAACUUCCUCUCGCCAAGAAGCAGAAGCUACGAUGCCGCAUUGAGCAAUGUGUGUACGAUGUCAUGGUUGGGGAUGAACACUGAGCACACACACAUUUUUUAUUUUUUACUGUUUUUGUACAGCGUUUUUUGUUUUGCACAACUUUUUGUUUUGUUCUUCUUUUGCAAAAAAAAUGUAAAGUGUUUUCACAGCUAUAAAAACAAAGAAAGAAAGAAAACAACUGACAUUUGUUAGUUUUUUAAAAACGUGUUGACAUAAUCAGUGGUUAUAACAUUUUGUUGUGGAGACCAAAACAGAGACAUUCAUUCAAACAUGCCAGAGUUUCCAUGCCAUCAUAUAAACGUGCUGCCAGGAGACGGCAUCAGCAGGGGCAGCGAUCCCUCACCAGCUCCAACACUGCUGAUUUAUCCAUCGAUA